GAGUGGAUAUGCCGAAUACGGUCGUGGUGAAGGAUUGGCAAUGGCCAUGGCUCUCUGCUCCUGCUCACUUCCUUUCGCUGCGUCGUCAAGCGCGCCGACACAAUCGGUGAAUGGACGGACGCGGGCACUUCCGUCGAAGGCACCGUUUUUGGUGAUUUCGCAGUCGCGGAGCGGUGGGCGGGGUCGGCGAGUGUGGCGGCGAAGAAAACUGACAAAGAAAGAUGACUUGUUGCAAUACCAAAUGGAGAGGAUUCCUUUCCUUGAGGAGCAGGAGAGGAAAAUAAAGGAAACAGGAAAGCUAUUGACGAUGGACAUUGAGAGGCUUCUGCUGUCGGAGGACAAUCGGUUUGAUUUUGUUAAUGAUGUGGCGGCGGAGGCGAAGGAGUAUGUUGAGAACAACAGGGAUGAGUACGGCGGCACUAAGAAAGCCAUCCUUCAUGUACUCAGUAACCGUGUGAACGAUUCCGGGUUUUAUCGACCAGAGGCAUAUUCAGAAUCCGAACCCUUCAGACCUGGGCCUGGUUACUUGAAAGAGGAAUUUACCUGAGCGUCCACAGAGUCUCCGUGUAGCGAUGUGGCGAUGUUUGCAGUUAAUUGGACGUUGUAAUUUUGUUCAUUUCCGGGUUAUUAUUGUACGAAGCAUCUGACUAUUACGGUAUACAACACUAUACAUAUGCGCAUAAAGUUUCUACUAAAACAGGAUUGGUUACCAGGCUGGAUAUUAGAUUGAGGAAUUGCUUUCAUGAAUCUAGACAGAACAUUGUCCCCUGUUUACUCUUGUUUGCUUGUCAACUUGAAAAAAGACCAUAUAACAUUUUUGGGUUCA